AUGGAGGAGGCCAAACUGAUUCGUGUGGCAACAGCAAUCAGUGAAUACACUGUGAGCAGUAUGCUUCGAGAAACUGUUCACAGCGCAGCUGAAUCGAUCAAUCAAGCUGUCCUAUCAGUAGCAACCCUUCCGGAGAUCCCCGAACACCUGCUGAGCGAGCUAGCUAGAGGACAGCAGGAUCUAGCACGGUUGGAACAAAGCGCGGUGAAUUAUCAGAAAGAGCGUGCAGCUAAAGUAGAAGAAGCGCAGAAAGCCCUAAUGCAAGACCGGCAACUCCACAAGGAGGACGAAUUCGGUUCGGAUUUUAACUCAGAGGCAUGA